UGAUAUCCCUCUACAAAGAAGAAAGAAAAGAAAAAAACGAAGGGGACUCGGAUUUUUCCGGUCGAAGUCGGAGUCGGAGCCUUGAGCCCCUGACUGUUACCCGCGCUACAUACACAUCAUUUGGCUUGCGGUUUGAUUUUGUUUACAUCCAAUCAAACAAGUCAGUAAAAAAGAAAAAAAAAGCCUGUCAUUGAAAUGGACGCCGCUGAUCAGCUUGCAUCCAUGGGGACAUUUCAAGUGCUCAAAUUACCUCUGGGAUUUAUUCGAGUUUUGGAAUGGCUCUUUGCCAUUUUUGCAUUUGCAACAUGUGGGGGCUACUCUGGGCAGCUGCGGGUUAGUGUGGACUGCAUGGAGAAGGCCAGCAGCAACCUCAGCAUUGGCAUCGACUUUGCUUAUCCUUUCAGGUUGCACCAAGUGUCCUUUGAAGCACCCGCAUGUGAAGGCAUAAGGAGGGAGCGUGUGUUCCUCAUUGGAGACUAUUCAUCCUCUGCAGAGUUCUUUGUCACCAUUGCAGUCUUUGCCUUCCUGUAUUCCCUCAUGGCCACCAUUGUCUACAUCUUCUUCCAGAACAAGUACCGCGAAAACAACCGAGGACCUCUCAUCGACUUUAUAGUGACAGUGGUGUUCUCCUUCAUGUGGCUGGUCAGUUCCUCUGCUUGGGCCAAGGCUCUGUCUGAAGUGAAAAUAGCCACAGAUCCGGACGAAGUGCAGCUUCUCAUCCCUGCCUGCAAACUCCAGACCAACAAGUGUGGCUCUGUGCAUGGACCACGCUGGUCAGGACUCAACACCUCUGUGGUUUUUGGCUUUCUCAACUUUGUUCUAUGGGCUGGAAACAUCUGGUUUGUCUUCAAGGAGACCGGUUGGCACAAGGGCACUACAAAGUUGGCAGGCGGGGCAUCCGAGAAACAGGCCGGCACCUUUAACCAGCAGCCCUACAACCAGGGCAGCUUUGACCAGUCAGGGAGCUACAACACCCAGGGAAACAUGAGCCAACCAUCUGAGUACAGUCAGGUGGGAGGGCCCACCUCUUACUCCAAUCAAAUGUAGCUGUGCCUUUUUGUUUUUUGUGAGCGGCACGUCUGCAUUUUAAACCAGGCAAAUCAGGGGGUAUUAGGAGGAUGGAGAGGAGGAAAAUUAAGGAUUAACUUUCAUCCUCUGCUCAGUUUGUCAUCAGUUUAUCUGUGCAAAAAACAAAAAAAUAAGGUCAGGUGUCAAAGUGCACUAAUUGUAGAUUAUUGUAGAGUAUUGUUGGGUAUUUUACAAAAUGAUUAGAUAUAGUAUUUUAUCCCUUCUCUGUAAGAGGUGUUGUUUGCUGAAUGUUGUAUUUCUUGUGGUUUGAAACACAUAAGUCACAGUUUCUCUCUCUGCUUGGUAAUUGACAUGCACGUGACAUGUUAGGACUGGAUGUCUUUUCUUAAACUUGCACCGUAAUGGAAGGAAAAAGUGCUCUAUGUUUGUAUAAUAAUAAGUGUCUCAAAUGGUGACAACUAAGUGCAUGAUAUUGUAUGUGUGGUAAUGUGCUCUCUUUGAAACUAGUUUAAAGAAAAAAGAAAAAAAAAACAUACAUUUUAUCUCUGAAAGUUUACAAAAUUCACACUGCCAUGACUUAUUAUUUAGAUGAGUAUUAUUAUAUUGCCUUUUUUAUUAAUCUAGCAGGAACUGUAUUUUGAUAAUGGGCAUUUCUAAUUCAGAUACUGAUUCAAAAUAUAUUUUAGCCAAAUAUUGGUGUCAUAUUAGUACAAUUACAUUCCAACUUAUGUCUGACAUUGAUCAUGUCAGAAAGUCUAAAAACUUACAGCAAUAACUUUAUAUUGCAAAAUACUCUACACUAUACAGGGUAUAAGAAGAAAAAAAGUACAGUAUGCAACUAUUGCAGCAUGAUGUCUUUGUCUCCAUGGUUUCCAUUUAUUAGUUGCAUCUGCACAGACAAUGUCACACUUCAUGUAAAGAGGGUGAUUGUUUCCCUCAGUGUUUACAAGUGGCUGCUCCUCUUACAAAUUACUGUGACUGUUUUCUAUGCUAUCCUCAGACUCAUGGCAAAUUAUAAACAUAACUUUUACCUCUUUAAAGCAUGUCUAGAGUAUCCAUUUACAGCACUAAAGCCCAGCAAAAAAGCACUUCAAUACCACAUACUACAUGAAUAAAUGAUUACUACACUCCUCUGUACAUUUUGUUGACUAUGAAAUCGUACUUCAGGUUUGUACAACUUCAAAAUCUGUGCAAUUCAUACAUAGCAAUAUUCAAAGGAUAAUGCUCGGUUGCUGUUUGUUUACAUUAAUAUGACUUGUGAAACCCUGUUUCUUGACCUCCUAAGCAUGUGGCUUGCAUCAGUGUAAUAAAGCAGGUUGAACACCCAUGUAUGUAUAAAAGACAUCCAUGAAAAAUGUGUAUGGGUUAAUAUAAUGGCACUUUGCUCAUGAGAGUGGAUAUUUUACAGGCAUUCAUGCUAAUAAAGAUGAACAAAUC